AUGACAGCAAGCUCAUCGUUGGGAUCGGCUGAAUGUCCCGUCCUGUAUGUGUUCCAGCCGAGCGCGAAGGGAAUCACAGGAACCCCACUUGACACUAGUCACUUUCAUUUCCCGUUGUCAAGUCGUGGCUUGUCCUCCGUAAACUUUCUGCCAACAAGAUAUUAUGGUAAACGAAAAAGACGUAUUUUGUCCGCAUUUUCCGCAGGCAAAGCCAAGGAUUUCAAUCAUUUUGCGCGUGGGACUGUGGGUUGCACAGAAGCGCAAAAGAAGACGAACAAACAAGGCCUCAACACUAAAAGUAGUGAAAAAUCUGCAGCUGGAAUCACAACACAAAAAGGAAGGAGGACGUCAUUCAAAGCGAGGAAAACUAGAACAGCGAAAAAUGCUGACAGCGUACAACUGGUGGGGGAAAUUUCGCUCGAAAAUUGGCAGUCAAUGCGAAAACUUAUCACGAAUGACUCCUUGAUCAGGACAAAACGAAUAAAACGUUCUGUGGAACCAAAAGAUGAAAAUUUAGGCCAGGCACACGACCUGAGCUUAACUUUUUUCCACAACCCGCGAACCACCAGUGAGCUGACUGCUGAGCAUCUACACCAUCAGCAAACUGAAAAGCAACCUGUGAAACACAGCGACUCGGAAGCGACCAACUCAACAUACAAGAAUCAGCUGCUUUCAGAAUCACAUGUUGGUCUUGAUAAACAAGAAGAAAUGACACACAAAGACCCUAAAUCUUCAAAUGCCGAUAAAUCCUUGCAGCUCACUAAGAAGAAGACCGAUUCUAAACCCGAUACGUCUAUCAGUAUACUUAAGACAGACGUCAGGAAUGAAAAAUUGUUGCGAACUGUGGAAAAAUUGAACGAGAACCUCAGUCAAACGCCAAAGAAAAUUAGCUCAAGAAUAAAAGAACACCAUGUGCAGGAUAGUAAUCCAAUUUCUUUAGUUGGGGGAAACUUGACGGGAACAGCUAAUCAGGUUUCCAUUUCAAGUACCGAAGUAAUUCUGGACUUCUCUAACGUAGGAUUCACAGGUAAGGAACCAGCAACCGAAAUGCCAUUAGAAUGGAUCUCACCAACCAGUUCAAACAAACAACCACUGAAGCCGGAUCAUCCACUUGAUGAAGCUAACGGCACGAAAGCCAAAGCCAUCCCAAUACAGGAUUCGCAGACCCAACGGGUAGACGAUGAGGAUGCCGCUUCAGCUGUUAAUCAAACACCAAGGGUUUUAACAGGAAAACUUCAAAAAAGUACUACUGGAGUGCCUGAAAAUGAGUCUGAGAUUUUAAUCGGAAGCGGCGAGCUAUCUACUGCGGCUAACGAAAUGCCGAAACAAACAGAAGGUGCACGAACGGAAUUCAUUGACAAGGUGACGACAUACAUACCAGUGAAUCCGAAUAAAUUAGGCGAGCGCAAAUUCUCUUCAUUCCAGUAUGCAUCUACGGAAGUGUUGGUUGUUGCGGAUAUUUACAGCGUUCCACGCCCGAUUAUUGAUUCGCUGUCACAGAGCACAGAUAAUUCAUUGGAUUUGGCCACAUCAACCGAGAGCCAAAUAGUGUCUGCAGAAAACGUGGAAGUUUUGGAGCCAAACUCUACAACUGGAAGCACAUUGGGCAGUAUGAACGAAUCUGAACCAGAAGUUACAGUUCAGCUGCCCGAACCAAAGACGGGUACAGCAAAUCAGAUGGGACAUCUGUCUGAUCAAACUGACAGCGAGAGAACCGCUGUUAGUGAAAAAGCAACUGCAAAUAAGUCGAAUGCUUCUGAAAGUCAGGAGGCAGUGGACGGAAUCGGAAACAAUGAGGCGCCUUUGCCUUUAUGUGAUUUAAAAUUAAAGCUUACUUCUGUCGAUGAUCUCGGAAAAAUAGCCGAAAAUACUAUAGUUUAUUCUAAUGAGGACUGUCAAACUAGUGGUCAAGUAGAAGCUCUGGAAACUGGUAAGUCCAACAAAGCAGAAGGGUCAAUGAUAUCACCUGGCAACAAUGAAAAAGUCACAUCAGUAACACGUCUUCGUCCGAAUUUGGAAAGUGUCACCAUCUACAGUGAACCAACCUCGGAAAGUUAUUUAGAGUUGGACCCAGAUUUGCCCCCACACCAUGGUGUUGAGGGUCGCCACUUAUCGGAUUUAAGUAUGGGUACUGCGUCCUUAGAAUAUUUAACCGAAACGCCUCAUGCGAGUGACCAAAGGGAAGAUUUGUAUGAGAUUAAAUCCCAUAAGGUUAUUUCUCACACGCACCCAGAAAAACAAGGGGAAAGCGGGAUGCAAACAGUUUCUGUUGGUCUAGUCUCGGACUCAGUUCAACCACUCGCACAUCCAAACAUUCUUCCGACAGAUGAUCCAUCAAUGAUUCUUACUACUCUACAUAAUACAGAUCCAAUUAUCCGAUCCAAACUAUCUGGCCCUCAAAACGCAGGCAGCAUCUCGUCUUUAGGAGAGCAUGUUAAUCAACCGGUGACAUCUACUAGUCUGGACAGUCCUGAACAGUUUGGAUCAGAUCACAGCACAACUGUUGCUACGGAUCACCCACCUGCUGUUUCUAGUGAGCCAGGGAAGGCUGUGUUUGAUUUGCAAAAUGUUGAGAGCAGUUCACCUCAUUACGUUGAUACGACCGGUCUAGUGAGUAUCUCGGAUGGUAUGUUGCCAACCUCCGAUAGAAAAAGUGAACUUGUUCAUCAUGCGCAGCAAAACCAGACUGUCUCCGAGGUGCUAAAUGCCACGACUACUGAUUCAGCUGAUCCAACGUCGGAAACCGCAUCAACUGGAGAAACCAGUGAAAUCGGUGGUCUUGAUGUGAUGGAAUCUGUAUCACCAAAGAAUCCAAACACCUUCAAUCGAAGUUCCUCUAAAGAAUUUACUUCCUUUAUUAAUAUAGAGGCCAACAUGACAUUGCCCAUUCAGUUGACGUUCCCCCCACCUGCCCUGGACGAUAUUUCUUCGGGCGGCUCAUGGUCAGACAAUAACUCCCUCAACUUACUGCAGCCCACCCAGUCGCAACAUUUGACAAGAUCUGGUUCAGCUGACGAUAGUGAUGCUGCAUCUGCUUUCCCAAUGUCAUCCCGGGCGAACAAUGACAUUACUCAAAACGGUGGUUUUGUACCCCACCCAAGAAGCGGAAAAUUCCAUCUGCCAGGAUCGAAUGAAAACGGUAUGUCGUAUUCACGCAUCUAA